CCACGAAAUUUGUUUAAAAAUUAGUUGAUUUUCGAUUCGACACAUCAUGGCGACCAGAGCCGUCGCUGUGGGGGCGGCAUCAGGAGCAGCGGGGAUAUCUGGUGAGGCAGGUUUAGCCGGUGUACCUAGACUUCUGGAGGACUUGGCUCGACUUUCCGAAGACAAAGAUACAGCUGACAUUGUCUUUUUGCUAGGAAGGGAUGAGACACCGGUUUACGCUCACAGAAUUAUCCUUCAAGCUAGGUGCAAGAACUUUACAGCCGCGAAGAGGAUCGGGACACCGGGAAAUCCAACCCCAAUGCGUAUGCCGCACGCUCAUCCAGAGACUUUUCGACAAUUUAUUCAUUACGUGUACACAGGCAAGAUCAUGCUACAGGAUAAUGGUAUAUUCGAAAUGCUGGGUCUCGCACAAGAAUUGGGAGUCGAAGAACUUUGGAGAAGUUGCGAGGAACACGUCUCCGCCACUCUAAGCCCAGGAAACGCGUGUGCCCUUCUGACUGCGGCGUUAGAUGCCCAAGAACGAGUUCCUAGUGGCAAAGGAGCUUGUUCUUCCUUCAUUGAAAGAUGUUUCGCUUUCAUUGGAGAAAAUGCUGUAGAUACAGUUAAAACAACAGCAUUUUGUAAUCUUCCAAAGGAUGCGUUGGUGAAGCUUAUAUCUUCGGAUUACUUAGGAUUGGAGGAAGAAGAUGUUUGGAGAGCAGUACUAAACUGGGCAAAAUAUCAGGCAGGGGUGACGCAGCCUACUCAACACUGGACAGAGGAGGAGCGCGUGAGGGUUUGCCAACAUUUAUCCGGAGUGAUAAAUCAUGUUCGCCUUCUACUAAUCGACAGCCAGGUCUUUGCGGAGGAAGUAGAACCAACCGGAGCAGUGCCUAUAGAGCUUUCCUUGGAGAGGUACGAAUUUUUCAAUCCCGAUCGAUCAAGUGGCUCAAAACCCAUAAGGUAUAGGUAUGCAGCGCUACCAAACAAAUAUGCAGAAAUUUGUGCAGAUAAGCGGUUACAGCCAAGAGUUAGUCCAUUUCUGUUUCCGGGGUCACAAAUUCUAUCACGAGAUAAGAUGGGUUUCCAACGUCUUCUCAAUCAGUGGUAUGGAUCUCCAAAACAAAGUUGGCGUCUAGUAUAUCGAGCUUCUAAUCAUGAUUAUUCUGCAUCAUCAUUUCACCGACAUUGUGAUGGAGUUUGUCCAACAUAUGUAAUUGCAUUGGGAACUCGAGGAGAAAUUUGUGGAGGCUUCAGUGAUGCGCCAUGGGGUAAAACAAAUGCCAAGGGUCAUUAUAUUUUUUCAGAAAAAGCUUUCUUAUUCACUUUAACAAAUAAUCAAGAUGUACCUCCAACGAAAUAUGAUAUUGUUAAAAAGCCUUUUGCGCUUUGUUAUCAUCCAGAUAUCGGACCAAUUUUUGGAGCAGGUGCUGAUUUACUAAUUUCUAGUAAUUGUAACGUAAAUAAGGAGAGCUACAGUAAUCUUCCUCACAGCUACGAUGGCGAACAUGCCUCUAAUACUGUACUUAUGGGAGACUAUCAUUUUUUUGUAGUAGAUUAUGAAGUUUUUACUCCCAGUCAUUCAGUUUCCAAAUCUACUCAUUAACAGUAUAUAAAUAUUCUUUUUAUAAGCUUGUACAUACAUUAUUGCA